UGCCGCCAUGCAGAUCCAUCAGUAAGUCAUUUUUUUAUUUUGUUUUUGUUGAUCAAUCCUUUCGUUACCCCUUCUGCUGGCCCUUAAAAAAGUGGCUCCACUUGUGUGUCGUCUAAAAUAUUCCUCCAACGCCACUAUGAAGCAGCUGGCCGCUGGCUCAUGCGACUGAUGCAUCAUUAUCAUCGUCAUAAUAUUAGAUGACAGCGUAACAUAAUCCAGACGAAGAGCAAUAAUGAUCCGGACGAGCAACAGAUUGUUGAGAUUGUUCUUCGCUGCGAAGGCAAAGAACAAUUUAAAUGCAAAAUACGUAACCUCUAAGACCAAAUUUGCUGAAGGUGCAGUAUUUUCUGAGCGAGAAAGAGAUGUGCUAGUGGCAGAUCCGAUCAAGCAAAAUGACACCCUGACAGACACAUUUGGUCGGAGGCACACGUACUUGAGGAUAUCUCUCACAGAGAGAUGCAAUCUGCGGUGCCAAUACUGCAUGCCCGCUGAAGGAGUUCCGCUCAACCCAAAAUCCAAAUUGCUGACAACCGACGAAAUCGUUACCUUAGCGAAGUUUUUUGUUGAUGAAGGCGUAACAAAAAUACGUCUCACUGGUGGGGAACCAACGCUGCGAAAAGAUUUGGUGGAUAUAGUUGGGCAACUGAGCGCGAUACCUGGGCUCCGUGAUGUAAGCAUGACUACGAACGGAGUGGCCCUGACCAAGCAACUUGUGCCUCUUAUGAGAGCUGGACUCGGAGGCCUUAACAUCAGUUUGGACAGUCUGGACAAGGACGUAUACGCUCGAAUGUCAAGGAGGAAUGGCUUUGCAAAGGCCAUGGCUGGCAUCAAUUUGGCUCUGCAACUCGGCGUUAAAUCUGUGAAGGUAAACUGCGUUGUAGUUCGAGAUGAAAACUCUCAAGAAAUUCUCGACUUUGUUGAUUGGGCGCGAACAACGCCUUUGGAAGUUAGAUUCAUCGAGUUCAUGCCUUUUGCGGGCAAUGCUUGGGAAAGAAAGACAAUGAUGUCUAUUCAAGAAAUUUUAAAUGUCAUCAAGAGCAAGUAUCCUGAUCUGGAGAGAAUUCAAGGAAAUAAAUCAGACACAGCAAAAUUGUAUGCUGCUCCUGGAUUCCAAGGACGGGUUGGAAUUAUAAGCUCAAUGUCAGACCACUUUUGCGGAGGCUGCAACAGGCUCCGCAUCACUGCAGAUGGAAAUUUAAAAGUGUGUCUCUUCGGCAACAGUGAGGUUUCGUUAAGAGAUGCACUGAGGGCAAAUAUUUCUGAAGAUGAUUUGAGGGCUACAAUUCAAGCCGCAGUGCGGAGGAAGAAAAAGCAGCAUGCAGAUCGAAGGAUGCCCUACACCCUGACCCAGCCACAAAACACACUCCUGGUUCCCAUACAUUUUUUCAUUCCUUCUAAGUCUUCAGUACAAAUUCGUCAUUCCUCAUCCAUCAACUUGACCCACAUUGACUCUGAUGGCCGCUUUACAAUGGUUGACGUUGGGAGUAAAGAGCCGUCCAAAAGAGAAGCUAAAGCCUCUGCCACGGUCAUCCUUGGACCAGAGUUGGCCAAGAUGUUAAGGGAGAAAACGCUGCUGAAAAAGGGCACAGAAGCACUGACCGUAGCGAGGCUGGCUGGCAGCAUGGCGGCUAAAAAGACGUCAGACCUUAUUCCCCUUUGUCACCAGCUACAGUUAACCUAUGCCAAUGUGGAGGUGACGCUUCUCGAGGACAGAGCUGUUUUUGUGAGUGCUGUCCGGGUUGAUGGAAAAACUGGGUGCGAACUAGAAGCCCUUACAGCAGUUUCUGUGGCAGCGCUAACUCUAUACGACAUGUGCAAAGCUGUCAGCAAGGCAAUCGAAAUAUCAGACAUCAAAUUACUUAGCAAAUGUGGUGGCAAAACCGGUGACUACUUGAAUGAUAACAGAAAAAUUGAAACGUGAUGAAUAGCUUGAUUUUAUUUUUUUACAAGUUGUAAAAAUUGUUUUGUUAUGGUGAAUAUUUAUACAAACAUGUUGCAUUUAGGAUAAUAAAUAUUGAUUUUCAAUAUAAUAAAA